AUGGCGACUUGCAAAGCAUGCAAUGAGCCUCUCAUGCUCGAAGUCGACGAUGAGGACGGCAACGGACAGCAACAGACUGUACCUGAUGACUUGGAAUUGUCAUGUGGCGACCACUUCCACUGGCAGUGCCUGCUAGACCAGUCGUCUGAAAUCGCCAUUUCGUUGAAGUGCCCCGCCUGUCAGAGCCAGAUCGCUGCAAACAGCGCAGGCCCAUCAGUCACAAACCCAUUUCUUCAUGCCGCAUCUGGCGUCACUAUAUUGACCAAGUACACCAACGAAGGCGGUGUCCAAGAGGACUUCGACAUUCUGCCGAGCAUUACGGAAGAAGCAUACCUCGAGGCCAACCCCGAAGCCCGCCCCGCCCGCGCAUACCACAUCAUGUGCAGCGAGGGCGACACCGAGGGCAUCGUGGACCUCCUGAGAGAUGCAGAGACAGGGGAGUCGGAUGAGCCCGUCAUGGCAACAGCGCAGCUGCUACGGUACCAAGACCCUCUUGCCAACAACAAGAGCGGCCUGCACUUAGCCAUAGAGAAAGGACAUGAGCAGGUCGUCUGGCUGCUCCUCUGGCUAUCAUCCUCGCUGCCUGCAGAUGUCUUUCCUGAGCCCGCGGUAGCGGCGGCACAGUCGCUGGGUCUUCAACGUCCGCACACGGCCCCGAUGGACGACAUUCGUGCGCUUCAGGACGAGCAUGGUCGCACGGCAGAGGCGGUGGCAGUAGAAAUGGAUGGCAUCUGGACGGCGAUGCUGGAGGCAGGGGCGUUACAUGCGGGGGCAUGA